CUUCAUGUGUUCCAUAGUCCAUACAAUACUACAGCUACAGCAGCCCUGCAAUAUCAUUGUAGCCUACGAACCUUACGAUUUACGUUUAUCUAGAUAAAAUGGGCGACGACGACCUUACAUUCUUUCAGACAAUCCCAUGGUGUGCGUCCCUCAUCAACGACCCCAGCUACGUGACAAUUCCUACAAUCUCCCGCGUGAGCAAGGAAGACACCGAGGAUGCACUCUUUGGAGACAUAUUAAGGACGGACAAGACAAUUGCAGCAUGUCUAUCGUUAUAUAAGAAGCCAGCUGUUUCGACCGCGCCGAUAGGAGAAGUCACAACUCUUCUUUCCCUUGAAUACGGACUUAACGGCUACCGGCAUGUCUGUCACGGAGGAAUCGUCGCCACAAUACUCGACGAGGUCAUGGGAAUUCUGCUUGCUGUGAAUAAAGACCGAGAAGCGGAAAUCGCUAGAGAUACCGGGAGAUCAGUCGAAACGAUGGCGGAGGUUACGGCAGAAUUAACCGUCAAAUAUUUAAAGCCUGUCACAACGCCUCAGACUGUCCGUGUUAAGGCCUGGUUAUCAAGGACGGAGGGACGCAAAUUUUGGGUCGAGGGGACUAUAGAAGAUAAAUCGGGUACGGUGUUAGCUAGAGGUGAAGCUUUAUUUGUCCAAAUAAGAAAGAGUGUACUGUAGUAUCUAGCUAGUAUAGUAUGCCCUCACAGAUCAUCUUCCUGCUUUCU